GAAGAAGCGCAGGUAUAUAUAGUAAAGGCUGGUGCACAACAAGGUAUCCAGUUAAUCCGUCGCUGGACUGAAGCGAACAAACCACCAACAUGGCUCGAAGUGCUAUGAUUCAAGCUGCUUUUCUAGGACUCUUAGUAGUGUCAACUGCAUUUGCAGAAGACAAGACUCCUAGCAACAAUGAAAAAAGGGACUCCAUCAAAGCGAAAAGCUUUGGUGGUUUCUCAUCAGCUUCUGAGAAGGCCAAUUUCCCUUUCUCUAACCCAUUUGCAUUUGGUGCCAAGUCUUUUGUUUCAUCUACUCCAGCUCCAUUUGCAUUCGACAGUUCGUUCUCAACGACUGCCGCUCCGUUCAAAUCUAUAUCUUACAGCUCUUCGUCUCCAUUUUCCUUUGGUAACGGAUUAUCAUCAAGUGCUUACUCCAAUGCUGCUGCUGCCCAAUCUUUCGACGGAGCUUUCGUAUCGUCUUCUCCAGCAUCCUUCAUUGGAUCUUCCACACCAGCCCCAGCUUUCGACGGAGCUUUCGCUUCUUCUUCACCCGCUGACUUAAUUGGAUCCUCAACCCCAUCGCCUCUGUUGUCCGGUGCUGCUGUGUCUGACGCAGGUUUCGCAUACUCAUCUACUCCAUCAGUCUUAUUGGGAGGUUCUUCCCCUGUUGUGUCGUCCACUCCAGAACCAGUGGUCUUAAACCGUUCACCGGCUUUCGCUACCUCAUACGGUUCACACUUCUCUGCAUACGCCCCGGCAUACGCACAGGGAGUUGUCACCAAGUCCGAACAAAUCAGCCAUGACGCCAUCGAAGUAGGUGCCGUACAAUCUAGCGCUCCUGCACCGCACCACGAAGUUACCAUUACCAAAGAAGUUCCAGUGCCGUACUACGUCCAAGUUGAGAAGAGAGUGCCGUACCCCGUGUUGGUCCGCGUACCACACCCGUACCCCGUCACGGUAGAAAAGCAUGUGCCAUACGCCGUCAAGGUCAAUGUGGACCGUCCAGUUCAUGUUCCACAACCGUACCCAGUAGAAAUUGAGAAGAGAGUACCGUACCCAGUUGAGAAACCUGUACCGUACGAAGUGAAAGUCCCAGUCGACAGGCCAUACCCAGUACACGUACCAGUUGAGAAACCAGUCCCGUACGCAGUAGAAAAGCCAGUGCCGUACCCAGUUAGAGUAAACGUUGACAGACCAUACCCCGUAGAAAAACCAGUGCCGUACCCAGUCACGGUUGAAAAGGCAGUGCCUUACCCAGUAGAAAAGGCUGUGCCGUACCCAGUUGAAAAAUUGGUGCCGUACGCAGUUGAAAAGAGGGUCCCGUACCCAGUUAAAUACGAGGUUCCCGUCAAGGUGCCAGUUCCCGUAGAAGUCAAGGUUCCGGUAAAUGUGGACAGGCCAGUGCCAUACCCAGUAGAAAAGAGGGUGCCAUACCCAGUUCAAGUUCCGGUUGAAGUUAAGGUUCCAGUCCCAGUCUCUGCGCCAGCCCAACGUUUCGCCACCGUCCACUACUACCAACAAUCUCCAGUUGGUUUUGGAUACGAAUCCGCCCAAGGUUUUGCUGGCCAAUCCAGCUACAAAGCAUUCGGUGGUCAAUCUUUUGACGGUGUCCCAAACAUUUACUACAACACACCCUCAAACGCAGUGAUCCUCAACAACCAAAACUUGAAAACUCCUGAACAGUUGGCUGUUACCGGCAGCAAAGUCACAUACAGUGCAGGUGGAUUUGCACCAGCUUCUGGCAGUGCAUUCUACAGCAGCACCUCUGGCCCAGCUAGCUUCUACAGCUCUACUCCAUCAAGCGUAUUCAGCUCUACCGCUAGCCCAAUCUCCUCAUACAGCUCAACUGUCAGCCCCUCUGGAUUUUUCGGCUCGAACUUCGCCCAAGACGGUUUUGUUAGCUCUUCAGCUGCUCCGUUCAGCUUCGGUCAACAAUCCUUCUACGGAUCUUCGACUCCAGCUCCAUUCAACUCUUUCUUCGGAUCUUCAACCCCAGCUCCAUUCAACUCUUUCUCUGCCGGUUCAGCUUCAGCUGAUUCGUCUUCCUUUGGACAAGAAUCAGUUUCUAUCGGAGCCAAGGCUCAAGAAAAAGUAGAAUCCAAAACUGAAGAGAACAGUGUAAAGAAAUAGAUUAAAAUGAAGUCUCAGAUUUAACAGCAACGGAAUUUUCUCUCUUUUUUUUUAAAGCUACUAAUAGCAAUAAUGUCAUUUUUAAUA